AUGGAAUUGUGGCUAACUGCUAUGUCAUGUUAUCAUGCCGCUGAGGGCAAGCCUGCUAACUUGUCUCCUGAGGAUGAGGCUAAGUUUAAGGCUGAUGACAACCUCUUUCGAGGUGUAGUGAUUAGCGCACUUGAUCCAAAAUUCCAGAAAAGCUACAUAAUUCUUCCUAGCGGGAAAGAGUUAUGGGAUGCUCUUGUGGCUAAGUUUGGAGUUACUGACGCUGGUACUGAGCUAUAUCUUAUGGAGCAGUUGUAUGACUACAAGAUGGUUGAGAACCGUUCUGUAGUGGAACAAGCUCAUGAGAUUCAAGCACUGGCUAAAGAACUUGAACUUUUCCCUUGUCCCCUCCCUGACAAGUUUGUGGCUGGCGGUAUUAUCGCCAAAGUACCAUCUUCUUGGAAGAAAUUUGCUACUUCUCUCAAACACAAGAGGCAAGAGUUCAAUGUUGAGGAACUCAUUGGUACUCUUGAUGUUGAGGAGAGGGCGAGAGCAAAGGAUAAUGGGAAAGGUGUUGAGCCUUCUACUGCCAAUGUGGUGCAGAAAAACUUCCACAAGUUUAACAAAAAGAAAAACCAGGAAAAGAAAGAGAACAACCAUAAGCCCAAUCAGUCCACUCAAUUCAAGAAAACUACCAACAAUAACAAGAAGAAGGGAGGCUGCUUUGUUUGUGGUAGUGAGGAACACUGGGCAAGUGAGUGCCCAGAUCGCAAGUUCUUCCAAGGGAAGAAAUCAGCUAAUGUUGUAACCACUGAGACUGUAGGAAUAUCUGGGUAUGGUCGGGAGGUCUGGCGCCUUGUUGAUGGGAAAUGGGUCGCGUGCUCAUGUUCUUGGUGUUGGUACGGUCAUUCUGAAGUUUACUUCGGGGAUGACGGUGCCAUUGAAGAGCGUGCAGCAUGUGCCCUCUAUCAAGAAAAAUCUUGUUAG